UAAGUUGUGUUGUCGCCUUGUUUUUCAUAGAGCCAAUACAAUAUGAAAUACAAGAGAAAUACGGAUUGACUAUGGAACAAUUAAAAGUAAAAUGUGAUAGCAAGGACAAAUCCUUGUUUCCAAAUAUUCUCGCAGAUCAAGAAAAUGCUGGCAGUGUUAGGGCUCAGUUAAUACAUGAAUUGGUGAAAAAAGCUCACGAUAUACGAGCGAAAGAAGAGAUCACAAAUUAUGAUUGGGAUAAAUGGGAUAAGUGGACUGAAGAAAUAUGUAUUUCAAAUAAAACUCUCAAAGAAAUUUCCAUAAAUGCCAUUGAUAACGUACAGCAAUGUGUUGAUCAAAAUGAUCAAUUAAAUGACGAAGAAAAAAGCAAGAUUCAAGCAAAUCUUUUCAAAAGCUUUUGUGACAAAGUGAAAGUAUCAGCGGAGUGGUCUUAUCGAUCGUCUCAUGUGGAAAAUCCUUAAACCAAGCUGAUUUUGCUGAAAGAAGUACAACAGUAUAUGGUACAUAUAAUUUAUGUUCGGU